ACAAACAUGUGCGCUACUGUUGGUAAUGUGUCUGAAGUGAAGGAGUGCUUUGUCUUUACUGAGUUCAGACAUUAUGAUCAGGUUAUGAAGUUGAUAUCAAACAUAAAGUUUGAACUGUCGGAUUUUCGCAAGAAAGAGAACUUGGAGGAUACACUUGUCCAAAUAUUCAACUAUUACCAGGAGCAGCCACAUCUGCUUGAUCCUUAUCUUGGAAAAAUGAUAUCAGCUUGCCUGGAUGUUGUGCACUGUUCUCGCUCAGAGCCUGAAGUUUUUCACUUCGCGUUCAGGAUCUUAUAUUUAAUGACAAAAACCCGAGGUUACAAGGCUAUUAUCCGUUUGAUGCCACAUACGGUUGAUGAUAUUGAACCAACUUUAAGUCUUCUCAUGGAGCAAGAUAUAAAUGAUUCAAAGAACUGGGAGACGCGCUAUGUUCUUAUCCUUUGGUUAUCAAUCUUGGUAAUGGUCCCAUUCAACUUGGGAAAUCUUGACAGUUUUGGAAAAAAACCUAUAAUUGAGCGUGUAAUUGAUUUAGCCAAGCUCUACCUUUUUCAGGAUGAGCGUACUCAAGAAGCAGCUGCUUUCCUUCUUGCGCAUACUGUUACCCGGCCAGAUGCACUUCAUGCCCAACUACCAUCAAUAAUUUCGUUUGCAAUUAAAAAUCUAGGCUUUACUGAUGUUAUCAACGUACAAGACGAAAAGCGAGUAUGCGGCACCCUCAGAAGUAUAGCUAAUAUAUGUAAACUCGGAAGCCGCGCUGAAUUGUUACCUUAUGCGAGUGAUCUUUUGGGUGCAGUACUUCAGUUGCCUGGAGAUUCUUCUAAGGGGAUUCUUCUAUGUCGUCUUGAAACGAAAGUUUUACAACGAAUUUGUUUGUUAUUUUGCCCACCAAUAAAUACAACAUGGCAGUACCAACGAGGAUGUCGAUCACUACAAGACAACUUAGAAUCUCUUUUAAUGAAUCAUGACAACAAAGAUUCUUUAGUCUCUGCAAAAGUUGCUGAUCAUUCGUUAUACACAGGUUUUCAAAAUAAUAUCUCAAGUGAUAUUUCUGGGGAUUGUUCAUUAACUAUGAACUAUGAAUUGUCCAACACAGACGAAGUUGCAGAAGUUAUUGAUAAACUAAUAAGCGCUUUACGCAGUCAAUUUACUGGGGUUCGUUGGUCUGCUGCCAAAGGGAUCGGACGUAUUUGUUCUCGUCUUUCCAGUUCAAUGGUCAAUGAUGUUCUAUCGGCUGUAUUGUCCUUGUGUACAAAACUCGAACCAUAUACUGCAUGGCAUGGAGCUUGUCUUGCUUUGGCUGAACUUGGCCGUCGCAGUCUUCUUUUACCAUCCAAAUUACCAGAAGUAAUCCCAGUAGUUUUACGAGCUCUGUUUUAUGAUGAGCGGUCUGGUGAUCAUAAUUAUGGAUCAAAUGUUCGAGAUGCUGGGUGUUAUGUGUGUUGGGCAUUCGCAAGGGCAUAUCAUCCUAAGGAUUUCGUGGAUUAUGUCGUUCCUAUUGCAAGCUCUCUAGUCUUGGUUAGCCUAUUCGACCGAGAGGUUAGUGUACGUCGAGCAGCGUCUGCUGCAUUUCAAGAGAACGUGGGUAGACAGGGUCAUUUUCCACAUGGAAUUGAAGUCCUCACUACAUGUGAUUAUUUCAGUGUGGGAAAUCGUGCUCACUGUUACCUUCAGUUGAGUGUGUCUGUAGCUAAAUUUAAAGAAUAUGUAGAACCGAUGAUUGGUCAUUUGGUCAAUGUUCGUCUUGGACAUUGGGAUGAUUCAAUCAGAUAUCUGGCUGCUUGUGCUUUAGGCAAACUAUACAUAGCUGAUCCUGAUUACAUGAUGGAAGUUGUCUUGCCUCAGAUCAUCAAUGGUUCAAUUAAAUCUACUCUACACAAUCAACAAGGGUGUAUAUUUGGAACAGGUGAAUUGUUAUGUGCAUCAUCCAGUUAUGUUAUAAAUGAGGAAAAUCUACUCAAGAUUAAGGAAAUUGUUCCAGCACUUAAAAGAGCGAACAAAUUUCGUGGUCUAAGUGGUGAAUUAAUUCGAAAAGCAACUGCUCAUUUUAUUCAGAAGUGUGCAAUGGCCAGAUUACCGUUUCAUGAUGAUCCAAUUAUUGAAGUUUGGCGUGAAUUCUUGGAUGAUUGUGUCGGACAUAAAAAUCCUGAAGUACAGAAAGCUACUGUGAAUGCAUAUCCUCACUUUUUAUCAACCUAUUUGUACAACCGAAAUGGUGAACUGAAAUUAGGCUAUAAAGAUUUAUUGUACAGGAAUUUUUUACUUCAUUUAAAUACUAAUUCUGAAUCGGAACUUUCCGGUUAUUUACAAAUUAUUGGUGCAGCUCCGAGUAGUUUGUAUUCUGGACAUGUUGCUGAUUUACUGGAUACUGUCACUAGUGCUUGUAAAUCGACUUCAAAGACAAAAUUCUGGGUUGAUUCUCGCGGAUCCGCAUUAAAAGCUCUUGUUGAGAUCAUAAAAAGUCUUGGGGCUCAUCACUCGGAAUUAAAUGUUACCCUUUUGAAAUCUACUUGUUAUAUUUUACUCCAAUCUAUAUCCGAUUAUACAAUGGAUUCACGUGGGGAUGUAGGUUCUCUUGUUCGCGAAGUUGGAAUGAAAUGUUUGGACUCAUAUAUUGAGUUUCUUGUAAAUAAUCAACACAAAGAGCUUAUUACAUCAGAAAUGAUUGAAGAAGUGAUGACUAGCAUUGCACAACAAGCUGUUGAAAAAAUCGAUCGGACACGAGAUGUAGCUGGUCAAGUGUUCGCUCAUUUACUCCAUCAUGAUCCUCCUAUCGAACACAUUCCUCAUUUUGAAGAACUGAAACAAAUUUUCCCAAAAUCUGAUUGUGAUGAUAUGAUAUGGAAUUCGGCCAAUUCAACAUUUCAUCGUUUUACGAAAUUGUUGGAUUUUCCAGAAUAUCGUUAUCGUUUAAUUUUAGGCUUAAUCGUCAGUGUCGGUGGUCUGACAGAAUUAACAAUUCGGUGUAGCACUUCAGCUUUAAGCGCAUAUUUUCUUGAUCAUGAAUCAGAUCAGCUGUUUAUUGUUGAAGUGUUAAAGAUUGUUGAACAGAUUCUGCAAUCGUUUCGACAAGAAGAGAGGAUUGUUAUUCCUCUUUUUAAAUUUUUGGACUUUUUACUGAAUGAUCCGAUUGUCAACUCAACAGUUGAUCCAAACAGUCCAAUUCUUUUACAAUUAACGGAAAGUGUAUGGAAUGAAACCAAACUAAAUAAAGAUGUACAACGUAUUAAAGCUGCUAUCGAUGUAUUUGGUGGGAUGUUACAAUUCACUGGGCCUGUUCGAAAGCGAUCUCUAUCGUUAAUGAUGGUCAUGUUGGGAUCUCGUUACCCAAUUGUAGGUUUGACAUGAACUACUGUUAAAUUAGUGGUGGUGUAUCUGUAAAUGUAUUUUUGAAUUCACAUGUCAUUAUUUAAAUGGUUAUUACUUUUAAAUUUAACCAAGUGUUUUAUCAAUUAAUACUAUCGUAUGUAUUUAUUUAAAUAAUCAGAUGGAAUGUAGUUAUAUGUUUGUUAUUCUUUGCCCAUAUAAAGCUUUUCGAAAAAAGCAUUAAUGUACAGAAAAUAUUGAUUUUCUUUUCAACUAACUAUAAAGAAAAAUGAAAGACAGUUUAGCGAAGAAACUUUUCUCUUCCACGAUAUUGUUAACCCAAGCUGUAAAGUCGUAUUUAUAGUCAAUGUUUACAAAUAGUAGUUUAUAAUGUCACAUGUUGCAUCAUCAUCAUGGUAGUAUAAGAGACUAAACAUAUUUGGUCUCAUUAAGUCGAAGGAUAAACUAAGUUUACUUUCAAUCAGAGAAAGUUACAUGAACUUGUACAAACUUGUACACAAUGGCAUCGAUCUAUACACUCUUUGUCUUCCUUUAAACUAUGAGAUUAAAAUCGCUUCAUAUCUUUCUUUCUACGAACUAAUUCUUUCUUCCUGUAUUAUGUCCUUAUAGGAAAUCUUUAUUUUAUAUUUUACCAGCACUACUUCUAUGAAUCCGGUGUUGAUCUUGUUGUACUUAUGAGGUACGGCAACUUGAAACGACGCACAUAUGUGCCUGGUCCUACGUUGUAGCUGACUGACUGACUGUGCGAAUAACGCAAUUGACAUCAGAAUUGAAAACCUCGGGAAAUAUUUAACAGAAAAAGCCAACCACCUAGGUUCAUCGAUGAAGAUCUGAAGCCAAGACGGCUACUUGAGAGAUUUUCAAUAGAACCAAAGUUCCUCUACAUCAAUGUUCAUUCCAAAAAACAAAUUUAGCAGAUAUUCUUAAAAAUAAACUUUCAAGAGCUUUGAGAAACACAAUUUAUUUGGUUGAACUUCGCAUUGCUUUCUCUAGUUAACUUUUGAUUUAGAGUUGCAUAAGAACCAAGCUCUUGCUCUGGGUCACAUUAAUAUACAUAAGUUAAUUUGGUCUUAUGGAACAGAUUGUGUAGGUUGUACAAAGCAAGCUACUUUGAAUGUAUGUUUUGCCUGGCCUACCGUAUGUUUACACAUAUCAAUCAACAUUGUAAUCAAAGAACAUCUUGGAAAUUUUGAUCAAGUUCAUUUUCUAGAACCUUUUUUCAAAAUCAUUUAUAUAGUUAAAAGAACUGGAUGUAAAUGAAUACAAACUAAAAAUAUGUAUAUAAUAAGAGCUCUAACAAUUCAAUGACAUAACACACUAUUUUGUAAACUGCUAUUUGCUAAAAUUAACUCUAAAUACUAUUGUACAGCUUAAGUAGAUAAUAUCGUUAAAAAAAAUCAUUUUCUUGCCUGAAUUGUCUUUUUCAUUUUUCUGUGCUGAUUAUCCCACAAGCACAACGUUAAAGCUGGUAGCAGAAAUGUUAAAUGAAGACAAAUUACACUGUGAUGUUUUAAAAGUUGAUUUCAUCUUAUUGUUAAUAAUCUCUUUUCGGACACAUACACUCUGUUCAGUAUUUCGUAUAAUAAUACUUAUUUUGAAUUUACUUCCUUUCGUUGAAAAAUUCAGAUUCGUAAGACAACCGCAACAGAAUUGUAUGAAGGUUUACUGGUCUAUGAGUUAUGUUCAUCUGAAUUAUUAGAUCAAGUAUCAUCCAUACUUACUGAAACCAUCUGGGAAGGUGAUAUUGAAGUAGUCAGACCAAUUCGUAAUCAACUUUGUGAAUUAUUUCAAGUUCCUGUACCAAGAAUAACGAGUAAUACUCAGAACCAUUCAUCACCAGCUUGAAAGUUUAUGGAAUGAAGCUUCUAAUGCAAAUAUAAUCUACGAGGAUUUGUUUGAUACAAAUGUGAAUAAAUAUAACAAUAUAAAGAAAACAUAAUUUUAUUUAAUUGUAGUAAUGUUAUUUAAUGUUCUGCAUUAUUUAUUUUCUUAUUUUGAAACAAUUCGUUGUUUUUUUUAUUGUAAUGUAAAUACUUCAUUGUUAAUAAUGAUUGCUAAGC